AUGUUAACGUAGAUUUACAUUAACCAAAAAUCUUCUUUGCUAACUAUUAACGUUUUGUCUAAAAUUAUCUUUAUAAUAUAAAAAUUCUUUGAAUUGAUUUUAUUAUAAACUAUUUAAAUGUUAAAAAUAUGUCGAAUGCAAAUGUUAAUGUAAGCUUUGCUUGCCAACGUUGUUUUUUUCCAAUUCGAUUAGAUAGCUCAUUUAAUAAUAUUAGUGAACAUGCUAUCGCUGAACUUUCUUUACCUAUUGUAACUUGUCCAGAAGUUAAUCUAGAAUCUCAAGCCAAACAAGUUGACCAAAUAAUUCCUGGAUUUCACUUAAAUGAAUCUUCAGGAGGAAAUAAUGGGUUUACAUUAUUGGGCGAAAGAGAAGUACCAACCUUAAGUCAUCAAAUGAAAGUUGCAGCUAGUCUAUUUGAUAUUGUUUCUGGUAACUCCAAAAUUAAUCAUCCGUUAUGUGAUGAAUGCACAGAUAUAAUUAUGGGAAUGAUGGUAGAAGAAUUACAACAAGCAGAAAAAGACUAUAUGGAUUACAAUAACUAUUUAAAAGAACUUUCUACUGAUGAACCAGAAGAUAUUGAAGCAUUGAACAAAGAGUUAGAAGAUCUUAUAAAAGAAGAAAAAAAAUUAAUAAAUGAAUUUGUCAAUUUACAAGAGACAGAAAAUGCAUUAGAUUAUGAUAUAAAAGAAGCUGAAAAUGAAAAAGAAAGACUGAUUAAAGAAGAAGAAAGAUAUUGGAAGGAAUAUAGUAAAUAUCGCAGGGAUUGUAUUUUAAUUGAAGAUAAACAAAAGAGUGUUGAAUGUCAAAUUAGUUACACUACAUCACAAUUAGCUAAACUUAGAAAAACAAAUGUAUUUAAUGCUACAUUUCACAUAUGGCACCAUGGUCAUUUUGGAACAAUAAAUAAGUUACGACUUGGAAGGUUACCAUCAGCUCCAGUGGACUGGGCUGAAAUUAAUGCUGCUUGGGGUCAGGUCACAUUAUUGCUAGUUUCAUUGGCAAGGUACAUGAACUUGAAAUUUGACAAAUAUCGUCUUGUUCCAUAUGGAAAUCACUCUUAUGUUGAGGUUUUAGGUGAAAAAAAGACACUACCAUUAUAUGGCCAAGGUGGAAUACGUUUUGUAUGGAACACAAAAUUUGAUUUAGCUAUGGUAGCAUUUUUAGAUUGUCUUCAACAAUUUAAAGAAGAAGUAGAAAAAGGUAAUUCAGGAUUUCAUUUGCCUUACCGAAUGGAAAAAGGAAAAAUUGAAGAUUCUGCAACUGGCAAUACCUAUAAUAUUCGAAUACAAUUGAAUUCUGAAGAAGGAUGGACUAAAGCAUUGAAAUUUAUGCUAACCAAUUUAAAAUGGGGUUUAGCUUGGGUUUCUGCCAAAAUUAACAACGAAAUGUAAAAUAAAUAUUACUUUAGAAAAAAAAAUUACAUAUGUACAUAUUUAUCUGCUCAAUUAUUUUUCUUUAAUUAUAUGUUAUUUUUUUAA